AUGGGUUUGGCAAUGCGACUUUGCCAAGUUGUCUCCUGGGAGAUCCUUUCCUGCAUUAAAUCCUCCGUUAUUCUAAAGGCCUUAGGACCGCAUAGCCUGAAGCAGAAAAAGAAGUCUUUGAUUCCUCGUUUUGACAGGUCAUGCAGCCUCUUGGAUAUCCCGCCGCGGCACUUCUGUAGAGCCGGCGUGCUCUGUGCGAAUGCCGGCGAGCACGGCCCCUGGGAACCGCGCAUCUUUUGA